GACGUGUGUGUUCAUGCUUUUCUCUCAUGCAUCUAAACUGCUUUAUAUUCUACUGGAAUAAAUCUUUUUCAUUCUGAACAGAAUUCCUUGUACUGGAUAUUCCUUAUGGCUAGCUGAAAAAAGACUUACUUGGAAAACCUUUGUCAAAUCUUUUCACUGCAGACUUCAUUCAGGAAUAUUUUUGCUCAUAGAAAGAAUGGGCAGAUAGUUGCAAAUCCGCCUUUCACCACACAUAAGCUAACCUGUGGAGACUGAAGAAUGGAAAUAGUUGAUGACAUCCUACUUGAGAAUGGAACCAAUAUUUCUGCUUUCCUGUGUGAUAUUGUCAUGGAAAAUGAUACGUUUUUCUGUGUGGAUGACUCACCUCAUCUUGCUAAAGAUUUACAUCAAACAGUUCGAAUUCUGCUAUAUUCGUUGAUAUUUUUGCUCAGUGUCGUGGGGAACACGCUGGUAAUUACAGUGUUGAUAAGAAACAAAAGGAUGAGGACCGUCACUAAUAUAUUUUUGCUGUCGCUGGCUGUCAGUGACCUAAUGCUUUGCCUUUUCUGCAUGCCUUUCACCCUCAUUCCCAACCUGCUGAAGGAUUUUAUAUUUGGUAGUGCUGUUUGUAAAACUGCCACCUACUUCAUGGGUGUCUCAGUAAGUGUAUCUACGUUCAACCUGGUUGCCAUAUCUUUGGAGAGAUACAGUGCUAUUUGCAAACCCUUGCAGUCCAGGGUAUGGCAGACAAAAUCUCAUGCCUUGAAGGUGAUUGCUGCUACUUGGUGUCUCUCCUUUACCAUCAUGUCACCAUACCCAAUUUACAGCAAACUGGUGCCUUUUACAAAAUAUAACAACAGCACAGCUAACAUGUGUCGCCUCCUUUGGCCAAGCGAUGUCAUUCAGCAGUCCUGGUACGUUUUCCUGUUGCUCAUACUCUUUCUUAUACCUGGUAUUGUAAUGAUGAUUGCAUAUGGCUUAAUCUCUUUGGAACUAUACAGAGGAAUAAAGUUUGAUGUCAGCCAGAGAAAAUCUUCACGAGACAGGAAAGCCAGCACCAGUAGCAACAAAUAUGAGAAUGGAGAUGGUUGCUACCUGCAGAAAACCAAAAAGAAGAGAAAAAUGCCACUGCAACAGCUUUCUGCCACCAGCAGCACCAAAAUAGACAGGGUCAGAAGCAACAGCUCAACUGCCAACUUGAUGGCCAAGAAGCUUGUCAUCCGCAUGCUGAUGGUGAUUGUGAUUUUGUUUUUCCUUUGCUGGACUCCCAUCUUCAGUGUAAAUGCCUGGCGUGCAUUUGACACCACAUCAGCAGACCAACUUCUCUCAGGAGCUCCUAUCUCCUUUAUUCAUUUGCUCUCCUACACUUCAGCCUGUGUGAACCCCAUCAUCUACUGCUUCAUGAACAAGCGUUUCCGGAUGGGCUUUCUGGCCACUUUCACCUGCUGUCCCAAACAAAAGCCUCCAGUAAUAAGAGGAGAUAUUGGAGAUGAGGAGGAGGGGAAGACCACAGGGGCAUCUCUCUCCAGGUACUCUUACAUGCACAUGAAUGCGUCUGCUCCCCCAUGAACUGCUACAGAAAAGGAGAGGCUACACAUGGCCAAGAUAAAUUCAAACCCUUAUCUUCUUGUCUGGUCUUGGAAAGAUGACUAAGGUUUGAUUUGUAACAUGACUUAGUUCUGAAGAGAUGAAAACACCACAGUUAAGCAAUUAGCUGGUAGGAAAUGCCAAGGGAAUUGUAUGGGUCAUGGACACUGCUAGGGUCUGUGCUUUGUGUCGCCUCCAUUUCUAAAAAGAGACUGGAGUUAUUAGGCUCUGUGGAGAUGGGGGACUUUGAAACCAGCCCUCCAGCAUGGUGCAUUUGUACUAAAGCCUCCUGUAAACAUAUUCUAUAACUUGAGGGUGUCCUUUCCACCGGCAGUUUGGCUUACCCUUUUCAUGCAAAAUUGCAGUUUUUAGAGAUAGCUCAGAGUAUCUCUUGACAAUUCCAAGACACUAAUA